GGUGCGCGCGUCACCUCCGCCCGCUUCUCCUGCUCCGCCCCGCGGCGGGUCCCCGCCGCCCCCCUGCCAUGGCGCUGAUGGCCGGCGUGAUCCGGCGGCUGGAUGAGGCCGUGGUGAACCGCAUUGCGGCCGGCGAGGUCAUCCAGAGACCGGCCAACGCCAUCAAGGAGAUGGUGGAGAACUGUUUGGAUGCUAAAUCUACCAGCAUCCAGGUAAUAGUGAAAGAAGGUGGUCUGAAGCUCAUCCAGGUCCAAGAUAAUGGCUGUGGUAUCAGGAAAGAAGAUCUGGACAUUGUAUGUGAGAGAUUUACUACGAGUAAACUGCAAAAAUUUGAAGACUUGGCCAGUAUAUCCACAUAUGGUUUUAGGGGUGAGGCAUUGGCUAGCAUAAGUCAUGUUGCACAUGUUACAGUAACUACUAAGACUGCUGAUGGAAAAUGUGCAUACAGAGCUACGUACAGCGAUGGAAAAAUUAAAGGCCCUCCAAAACCUUGUGCUGGAAACCAAGGGACUCAGAUUAUGGUUGAAGACCUUUUUUAUAAUGUAAAUACAAGAAGGAAAGCUUUAAAAAAUCCAAGUGAAGAGUAUGCAAAAAUACUGGAGGUUGUUAGCAGGUAUGCCAUCCAUAACUCAGGCAUCAGCUUUUCAGUUAAAAAGCAAGGUGAUACUGUGUCAGAUGUUAGAACCUUAUCAAAUGCCUCAACAGUGGAUAAUAUCAGGUCCAUCUUUGGAAAUGCUGUUAGCAGAGAACUGAUAGAAGUGGGCUGUGAAGAUGCAAGCUUGGCCUUUAAAAUGAAAGGUUACAUAACGAAUGCAAACUACUCUGUGAAGAAAUGUAUAUUUUUACUCUUCAUAAACCAUCGACUGGUAGAGUCAACCGCUUUGCGGAAAGCCAUAGAAACUGUCUAUGCUGCUUAUUUACCAAAAAGUACGCAUCCGUUCCUAUACUUAAGUCUGGAAAUAGCUCCUCAGAAUGUAGAUGUGAAUGUGCAUCCUACAAAACAUGAAGUCCAUUUCCUUCAUGAGGAUAGUAUUCUAGAGCGUGUGCAGCAACAUGUAGAGAGCAAGUUAUUGGGCUCUAAUUCUUCACGGAUGUACUUCACCCAGACAUUGCUGCCGGGGGCUGAAUGUUCUUCCAGUGAGGUAGUAAAAUCAGCAGCAAACUCUGCUGCGACUACCAAAGGAACGAGUGAUAAAGUUUAUGCACACCAGAUGGUCCGCACCGAUUCCAGAGAGCAAAAGCUGGAUGCUUUUCUUCAGCCAGUGAACAACCCACUAAGCACAGGCCCCACAGAAGUGACAGCAGAGGACAGCGUGGGACUCCCUGAGGGCACAGUCAGGCCACAAGAUGCUGAAAUGGAAGAUGUCAGUGAUGCAGCUGAACUCGCUGGUGCUCAGAGGGACACAGUGACAGCUGGGGGCCUGAGUGAGGGUAGAGACUUGCCUCUGGAAACAGUGCCUGCUCGAAAGAGACCACGCGAAGACAUUGAUGUAGAAAUGGAGAAAGAGGAUAAUAGAAAGGAAAUGACUGCUGCCUGCACCCCAAGAAGAAGAAUUAUCAACUUGACCAGUGUGUUGACCCUCCAGGAGGAAAUUAGUAACCAGGCGCAUGCAGGUCUUCAAGAGAUGCUACACAAUCACUCAUUCGUUGGCUGUGUCAGUCCUCAGUGGGCUCUGGCACAAUAUCAAACAAAACUGUAUCUUCUCAAUACAACAAAACUCAGCCAAGAACUCUUCUACCAGAUACUUAUUUAUGACUUUGCAAACUUUGGAGUCUUAAGGUUGUCUGAGCCAGCUCCUUUAUUUGAGCUUUCAAUGCUCGCUUUAGAGGACCCUGAAAGUGGCUGGACAGAAGAAGAUGGCCCAAAGGAAGGGCUAGCUGAAUACAUUGUUGAAUUUCUGAAAAAGAAGACUGAAAUGCUGAAAGAUUAUUUCUCUCUUGAAAUUGAUGAGGAAGGAAACCUUACAGGAUUACCACUUCUGAUAGACAACUAUGUUCCCCCAUUGGAAGGGCUACCACUGUUUAUCCUUCGCUUGGCCACAGAGGUAAACUGGGAUGAAGAAAAGGAAUGUUUUGAAAGCCUGAGUAAAGAAUUAGCCAUCUUCUACUCCAUUAGAAAGCAAUAUAUAAUAGAUGAAUCCAACCUUACAAACUCUCAGAAUGAAGACUCUGACUCUGGUUCAACAACAUGGAAAUGGACUGUGGAACACAUAGUUUACAAAGCUUUUAGGACUCAUCUUUUGCCUCCUAAGUACCUCACUGAAGAUGGCAACAUUCUGCAGCUUGCUAACCUGCCUGACCUGUAUAAAGUUUUUGAGAGAUGUUGAGCAGGGCUAGUGACUGUGGUUAUUUCAGAACUCUGCCCUGCAUUUUGAAAUCAUCCCUUUCAACCAAGGAUUCCAAAAAUAAAAACAAGAGUCCUAUGACUGAUAACAAGUGACUAUAUAUAAACAAGAUAAUGCAUUUCAAAGAACAGUUGCAAAUGACAACUGAUUGCUGGCUCCUGGGUCAGAGAUUUUUUUUUUCUUGCUAGAAAAAAAACACCCCACACUCAAACUUUAACUUGACUCCUGACCCUUCCUGAGGCUGUAUAAGAGUCCUGGAAUAUCACAGAUAUUGUCACAACAAGGCUCUCAGAGAAAACAUCAUUCAGGAGCAUGUUCCAGUCUCAGUUGUGCACUUAACAGGAAGUGAAUUAGAAGUGAACUAUAUGCCAUAUAAGAAGAGGCAUUAGCAGAGGUUUUGUCCUCCCCCACAUGAAUUUUCUCCAAAACUCCAAAGUAUCCCUUAUCCUCAGAAUACACAGCUUAAAAACAAUGAAUCAAGACCCUCAUGGUUUCUUCUAAACAAGUAUGCAAAGUGAACAGGCAGAGUUUAACAGAAUAGAAAGAGAUCUAUGUCAUAACCAACAUAUCAUUCUCUUCAAUUGAAUACAUAGGCCUAGGCCUAGACCCUGCAGAUUCUCCUCAACAAGGAAAACUUUUUUUUUUUUUUUUCCCAAAGUCUAAGAGACAUCCAGCAUACAAACAGAACAUGAAAGAGAGCUUUAAUUUUGCACUGUAAAGAUGGCUUUUCCUUUAGAAAGCAACUCCAAUGCAAGCAGAAGCACCAAGAGCAAAGAAAGAGCCUGAAAUUUGCCUUGGUUUGAAAACUCCUGAAGGGAGAUUUGCAACAGGAAAACAUCUGAUACCAGUCCAAAGGAAUGACUCCUCCUGGAUCAAGUGUUGGGCUCUAACUAGCCUAAAGCAAAGUCUAACGCUGGGUAGCCCUACUUCAAGUGGUUCAGAAUUGUAAUUCAGCAGGUCUUCCCAUUUGUGAUGCACCAGCUUGAAAUGGAAGGAAGUUCUUAAUAACAUUUAGUGUCCACAGAAAGUGGGCUACAGCCAAAAAUGACUAUAGUACAGAUCAAAAAAAUACUUCUUAAGAACGUGAAAAUCAGAAUUCAGUGUUCUGUGAAGACUUUGUUCUUUCUUGUUGGUAACUCAGUAUUUUAAAAGAAAACACACACCUUUUCUGGUCAGUAAAGUGUCCAUUUAAUAAACUCCCUAGCCACAUUUCCCACCCACUUCCUCCCACCCUAAAGUUUUAAUUCACACUUAAGCAGCAGAUGACAUACAAUUUGAUAGUGUACAACACAAGUUUUUAAAUCUGUACUCUUAUACUAAGAGUAUCAGGGGCUAGUAUUUGACAAAAUUACCUAGAACUCAGAUGUGCCCAUGCAAAAAAGCAGAUUUAUGUACAGUCCCUAUUUAUUUUCUUAUAAAUUUAAAUAUUUUACAAAAAAUGCAUUUUCAAAAUGUAUAAAGUUUAGUGAAUACCCCUUAUGUAUCUUAAAAUAAAAUGUUAUCUGAUUUCAAAGGUUAUUUCAACAGUCUAGCAUCAUUGAAAUCUAAAUUGCACCAUACAAAAGGCACUUGUGCUGUGUGAUGUCUUGAGCAAAUAUAGCUGUUAGUUUA